GACAGGCAGACAGCAAGGGAGGCAGAGCGGAAAAACCAGAGACAAACAGAGAAUUAACCACAGGGUCUACGCUGGAGUUUUCUCACCUGGGCCUGUGGGGUCAGAGGGAUGGAGCAACUCCGGGAGGACGUCACCUGCUCCAUCUGCUUGAACGUGUUCAGCGACCCCGUCUCCAUUGAGUGCGGCCACAACUUCUGCCGGGGCUGCCUCGCGGCUCAUUGGAGCCAGGUCUCAGCCCAGGGGCACCGCUGCCCGGAGUGCCGGGCUUCCUGCUCCAGGAAUAGGAUGAUCCCAGACACACGUGUCAGAAACCUGGUGGAGAAAAUCACCGAGCACCUGCAGGAAGAGCCGGAGCCGCAGGGGCCGGGGGCUCAGCCGGAGCCGGGCCACCCAGUGCAGCUGGUGCGUCUGGACGAGGAAGAGAACCUGAUCCUGGAUGAGGAGGCCCUGAGCCGCUGCCUGGAGCAGGGUGGGGCGAGGGACGCCCCCGUCUGCGUGGUGUCCAUCGUCGGGGUGAAGCGCCGGGGCAAAUCCUUCCUGCUGAACUACCUGCUGCGCCGGCUCCAGAGCCCAGACGCGAGGGACGGGUCAUGGAUGGGCCGGGAGGAUGAGCCCCUGGAGGGGUUCGAGUGGCGCGCCGACAUGCAGCAAGUCACCAAGGGGGUGUGGGCAUGGAGUCAGCCCAUCUGGGUCCCCACCCAGGGUGGGAAGGUGGCCGUGCUGCUGGUGGACACCGAGGGCUCCAUGGGCAUUGAAAGGAAGAAGGAGAACAGCAUCAAACUCUCCGCCUUUUCCAUGCUGCUCAGCUCCUACCAGAUACUGAAUAUUUCGAAUGAGGUGAACGACGCGGAUCUUGAAUACCUGGAGAUGUUUGUGCAUGUGGCCGAAGAGGUGGGAAAAGCGUACGGACUGGAGCCCAUUCAGCACCUAGACCUUCUGGUGCGGGAUUGGAGCAGCUCCCCGGUCCUUGGAGCCGAGGGUGGGGAGCAGCAUCUGAGAUACAUCCAAGAGAUGCUGAAGGCGAGGUCCCCUUGCAAACACCCCAAGGCCCUGGAAGCGCUGAAGAGAAGCAGCAGCCGCUGUUACCUGAUGCCCUCCCCUGGCAAGCGGAUCACGAUGGGGAGCGAGGGAAGGCUGAGAGACAUGGAUGAGGAUUUCCGGGAGAGCCUGAGGGACUACGUCACCGCCCUGGUGAGCUCGGCUGGUCAACACGUCCGGAUGGACCAGCAUGGGGAGAUGCUCAACGGGACACAGCUUGCUGCCAAGAUAAAGAAUUUAUCUGAUGUGAUGAAGAACCAUCGCUCUGGCUUCUCCUCUCCCUGUCAGAUGGCCAUCACCUUCCACAACCAGAGAGUCCUGGACAGGGCCCGCGCAGACCACGCUGUGUUUCUGAAGGAGAAGGACGGCCUGUCCCGGCGCAUGGUCGACUGUCUGAAGGUGGAUCUGAGCACAAUGGCGGAGCAGUUGGUGGAGAAGCGCAGGUCACUGCUGGAGAGGUGCCGGGAGGAGCUGCAGGAGCCGGAGGAGACCCUGCUGACGGAGCUAGAAAAGGAGCUGACUCGGGAGGCCAAGACCUUCCUGGAGACCUACCGAAGGUGCUAUCAGCAUCACACCACCAACCAGAGUGUCCUGGACAGGGCCCGCGCAGACCACGCUGUGUUUCUGAAGGAGAAGGACGGCCUGUCCCGGCGCAUGGUCGACUGUCUGACGGUGGAUCCAAGCGCAAUGGCGGAGCAGUUCAUGGAGCAGCGCAGGUCACUGCUGAAGCGGUGCCGGGAGGAGCUGCAGGAGCCGGAGGAGACGCUGCUGACGGAGCUAGAGGAGGAGCUGACUCGGGAGGACAAGACCUUCCUGGAGACCUACCGAAGGCGCUAUCUGUGUCACACCACCAACCAGAGAGCCCUGGUCAGGGCCUGCGCAGACCACGCUGAGUUUCUGAAGGAGAAGGACACCGAUUCCAGGAACCCACUUAAAUGCCUGAAGGUGACGCCGGAGAAGAUGGCCAAGCAGUUCGCAGAGCGGCGUGGGGACUUGCUGUGGCAGUGCCAGACAGACAUGCUGCCGAAGAAAGAGGCCCUGGGGACGGAGCUGGAGAAGGAGCUGAGGCAGAAGAAAGAGGCCCUGGAGACGGAGAUGGAGAAGGAGCUGAGGCAGAAGAAAGAGGCCCUGGGAGGAGCUGAGAAGGAGCUGGGAGAGGAGGGGCUGAUGUUGGAGGCCGAGAGCUUCCUGGAGACCUACAGGAAGCGCUUCAAGAAAUUUGCCAUUGCAGCGGGCGUUGGGGUGGGGGGGCUGGUCCUGGCACCGAUGGCCCAGAAGGAUAAGAACCAGGCCGAGGGCACCGCUGCUGCCAUUGCUGCUGAAGCUGCGGUGCUCGGCAUCGCUGGGGCGGUGGGCAUUGGUGCUGGGGCGGGUGCUGUGGCUGGGGGGUGCGUGGGUGGGGGCGUGGGAUGGGGAGUUGGUAAGAAGAUGGCCCAGAAGGAUAAGAACCAGGCCGAGGGCACUGCCAGCGAAGGGGAGGAGGAGGACGGCACUGAGGAGCUGUCUGAUACGGCCCGCCUGAUCUGA